AUGCUGCAGGCUGGCUUUUCCAUCCCCAGUUUUCUCUCGGCACUCAGCAAAUUCGGGCCAGUGGUCGAAGUCGCCCGCCAGUUCUUCUUCCAGAGCCAGAUUUCAGAUUACCUCUGGCUGGUGCUGAUCUUCGUCUUCUGUCCUGGAUUGUGGGAGACCCGGAUCCUGAUCGCCCCUUGCGGCGUCGACGAGGCGAAGUUAGAGGGCGACGUCGUCGCAACAGCAGCUCAGGAGAGAGCGGGAGUAAUUUGGUACGCGCUAACUCCCGAGCUAGACAUAUACCCCCACGUCCUCGAGGUCGGGCCAAACUUGCUGACUGGGAUCGUGGCCUUCGACAGCGAGGGCUGGACGGACGAGCGGAGGUUGAGCACGAUCACGGUGGACUCGUUCGUGCGGAUGGGUUGUUGCCUCUCGUGCUCAGCCCCCAACAAGUCCGACAUCUGCCUUUUCUCCACUGGCGUGAGCCAGCUCACGGACCAUGACCCGGCGAUGAGGAAAUUCGAGAUGGUAUUCGUGUUUGAUCAGGCGAACGUGUCCGAGCACGCGGCCUACGAGCUGAUUGCCCGCCUUGCGCAGAUGGUGGAGUGGCGGCGUCGGGAUCGAGUGCUGGGUCGGUCGAAGGAUGUUUUGUUCGACGAUCAGUUUCUUUACAUGGGCACGGGGGAGAAGACCAGAGGCCCCGCCGAUGCGCGGGACAUCAGGCCCUACUCUGACCAGGCCCUGGUUCGGGAUCGCGCUGGAUAUGCCGGCUCCACCGCCGAUCUACAUCGUUUGGGCCUGGUCGCGCACGGCAAGAGUUGGCUACAGCGUCUGCUUGGGGCACCAUCGAUGUCGGCGACGGCGCCGAGCUCAACCUGGCCCGGGCGGGCCGACGUGGACAAUACCUUCUACCAGAUCGAGCUGGCCCCGGGCAUGCGCGACCCCUUUGCGCCGCCGGCCGCGCACGGGGAGUCGUUGAUCCAGGCGCUGGGCGUGGGCGGCAAGGGCCUUGCAGCUGGCGCAAGGAUAUCUCCUCUUUUGAUUGUUCUCCCAAUGGGCGGGCCUGGUCACUUCAUAUGUGCCGGCGUCUCCUGGGGCAACGCGCACUUGAUGCAGGUUGCCCCGAGGAAUUUCAUCCGCGACCGCCGCCUGGCUCCAAGCCUGUGUCAAGUAUCGAUGGGCACCGGAGUUUGCGUGGAUAACGUCGCGGUCGUGAGUCAGGGCCCCAGUCUGGCUGUCGCUGCCUGUGAGCAGAUCGCCAAUGAGAUGGAGAGCGUCGGCCUCGCUUGCAAGGGCGCCAGUCAGCCCCGCGACGGGCAGGCGUUCGCAGGCAUGGUGUCUGAGAAGAAGAAUGCUACGAUCAGAAUGUCGGCAUUUCGAAUUUGGAAGACCCGUCUGGCCCUGCUCUUGAUCGCCGACCGUGGUGCAGAUCGCGGAGGUUUCGGAGCCACGGAGCUCGAGAGGGGCCCAGAGGCCGCGGAGCGUGCCAUGAUGGCCCAGAGCGAGCGUUGGAGGUGCGGCGUCAGCUCGGCUAUCUCGGCUCGGGCAUCGGCGCUUGGGCUUCAGGUAGUGGGCGGCCGCCAUCGCGGCGCCGCGGACUUCGUCUCAGUGCCUGAGGAUCUGGUCGGCGACGAGCGGGCGCGGAAGGAGCCAGCGCAGCAGCCGGGCCUCACGGCGCUGCAUUUCGAGAAGGUUGGGCACCGCGCCAGGAGGAACUUUCAGCGCGAGUGGGACGAGUUCCGCCAGCUGUGCCAGGAGCGGGGGGUGACCCCCCAUACAGUCGAGCAGGUGAACACCAUGGCGCAUCUCUACCUCGAUGCGCGGUUCUUCGCGGGCUACAACCGCGACCGCGCCGGCAAGCUGCGCGCCGCUCGUCGGCACUUCCUCCCGAAGGCGGGGAUCGGCGACCAUGGGGAGAUGGAGGCCGCCCUCGCCGCCAUGAAGGGCGACCUCCUGCAGCUGACGGGGGCCUCGCUCGUGCCGCCGGCGCGGCUGGGCGGUCAGGCGCUGCGGGCGGCGGGGGUUUGGGCGCUCCUGCUGCGUCCCGAGGAGCAGCCGUUGCGCGGCAAGGCCGGCCAGUUCGACGAGGGUGCCGCCCUCGCGACGCACGUGUCGCUGGCCAUCGGACGUCGCAUGCAGCAGCUCAAGUUCCGCGCGCUGUUCCGCGCCCUGGGGCACGACUCCGCGCGCCCGUGCCAGGUGCGCCACGGGGCUGCGAGCGCAGCCGAGGGUCAUCGGGCGUUGGCGGCCACCUGGCGUCGUCUGAGGCACGCCGCCGGCCGGUCCAGCAAGAGGUGCGCCAAGCAUGCCAGGUGCCUGUCAGAGCUGGCCUUCGCCCCCCUGCCCACCCUGAGCUACGGGCGCCUGGCGAGCGAGCGGCUGGCCGAGGUGAUCUCAGGGAAGGCGCAGUUGGCGCCCCCUGACUUUGAUGGCAGCGGCCCCCUGAAGGCAGGCGCGGGGUGGGGCCGCGACCCGGCGAUGGCCGCGUCCAGCUCCUCGGGCAAGUGGAAGACCUUGGCGGUGGCCGGCGGCGGUGUGGCAGUGGCAGCGGCCUUGCUGUACGUUUUGCGAAAGGCCAGCGGCGCCGCCAAGGCCAGCGGCGAGGGGCACGAGGCCGCGCAGGCUGCUGUCGCCAAGCCCAAGCUGGAGGAGGUGACCAAGGAGGAGGCCCGCUCGCAGGAGAUCAUCGUCUUGCAGGAUCAGAUGAAGGCCUUCAUAAAGAAAUUCACUGACGAGAUGGUGAGCAAUGUACUGACAUUCGAGCAGACCUAUCUCCGAGUGAAGCAGGUGCACCCCCCGGACCCGCUCGUGAAGUACGGUCUGUCGACGAUGGACUUCGACCAGCUGCUGGAGAAGCACCAGAACGACCCCAAGGUGAGGGAGGCCAUAGCCAAGAUCAUGGGCGCGCCGACGCAGGACUCCUGUGCCUCGAGCCACGUCCAGGCCAUCACGGUGCCGAAGAUAAAGGAAAUCCACGCGUUCUUGCUCGCGGAGCUGGAGACCGUGCUGGGCGAGUUUGAGAAGUUGCCCAAUAAGGACACCUUCGACCUGAAGACCGUAACCAUAGCAGCGCAGGCGAUCGUCAACACCAAGAUCCGGGAGAAGUUCGACAUCACGUCCGAGGACGGGGGCGCGUGCGCGAGCGCGCCGCUGCCGCCGCAGGCGUUCACCACGCUCAACAUCAAGAUACAGCACAUCAUGGGCAAGCUGAUGGGCACGCCGUUCAGCAGCUGA